UACGGAACUACAUCCUGCAUUUUGCCGUCUCUUCCAUUUCCAUAUUUCUUUGCAUUCCCGAUACCUCUAGUACCUACAAGCCUUUGGAUUACGGCCUAUGUCUGCGAGGAAGAAGAAGAUAGAGACAUCGUGUGUUUCGAACACUGCGUUGCGGAAGAGCUGCGACACUUGCAACACAUAUGGUGCCGGUGUGAUUGUCUGUGGUGACCAGAACGUGUAGAACAGACACGUACCGUCCGACAGAGAGUGUGCUAUGCCAUACGGAGCGCUGCGAUCACCUGAACCGGUGUCGAGCAGCGCGGUGGCAGACGCUCAACACAGACAGAACGUUGUGAAGAAGUCCGGGGCUAUCAUAUGCUGUGUCACGUGCAUCAUUGUUGCUACCUUUAUUGUCGUCAAGGUUUUUACUAAAAGUGGCCAGUUGAGGAAGGCUGAAUUCUGCAACACCUACGACUGCAUGCAGUAUGGGGAAAUUCUGGACGCGUCUUUGGACACAUCCCAAGAUCCUUGUCAGAAUUUCUACCGUUUCGUAUGCAGUGGCUGGGACAAGGCACACAAGCAUCCUGUGUACUACGAGCAUCGCCGAGCACAGCUUUUGGCCAUCGCCCAGAAAGCCGAAACAGUAAAAAUACCUCCUAGGGCUCAGAACGCAGAACAGAAGGCGGCAAGGUACUACCAGAGCUGUAUCGAAGUAGCCCUCAAAAAGCGGUCGGAGCAAGAUUACUUCAUUCAAAUGCUACGAGACGGGAACAUCACAUGGCCAAACAGACCACAGGCUGGUGACCUGCUGCAGGUUAUGGCAUAUGCCGUAGUGAAGUGGGACACCAGUCCUCUCCUUGCGUUCUCUAAGUCUCAGCUCCCGAAUGGAACGAUCGUCUUGGGAAUCUCACCUGGUCCCUUUGCUAUCGCGUCGCGGUCUAUCCGCGAGCACCUCAUAUUGAAAAAUAUAUACUACGACUAUUUCAGCAAGGCUUACGAGCUGAUGCGCGGGAAUGGUACGAGCAGAGAUGCUUACCAAAAGCAUAAUGAGACUGAGGUUACGAUUAUAGCCCUGCUUGCAGCUGGAUUAGUCAGCGAGAUACAUGCAGAGCUCAGUGAGCAUGACUUUGAAGCCUUAAGUACUGCAUUCGAAUACAAUAGGUGGCAGAACAUGUUCAAAUCGAUGUUUGGAGUGCCUGAGGACAAGCAGAUCUGCAUCAACUUGAAGAAUUUGGCUUUCUUCAAAGAGCUCAACAACGCUACAUCUCUGCUGAGUGAGACGGUUAUGAUUGAGUAUCUCUCCUGGGGAGUUAUUAUCGAAAUCGGUCAUCUCUUUCUGCCUGAUAUGGCUAAUUUGUUGAAUAAAUCAUCGGAAAAACUGAAGGACGCAUCUAAGUACAGGUGCCUUCUUCACGUGGAGAAGUAUAUGGCGUACGCCCUUACGAUGCCAUACCUGAGCACGGCCAUACCACCACAAACGGACGUAGACGUCGCAAACCUAUAUGGAAACGUAACAGCGGUAAUGGGCAAGUACGUGGGAACCCUCCAUUUCAACUAUCGGGAAUAUCUUAAGCGUAAGAACUUCACAGAUAUCUUCUUCGGAUUUGGACACGCUAUGUCAUUAUCGGAGCUAGAAAAGACAUACGGGGUAUUUCCAGACAUGGGUACCCUGUUCACAAAUAACCUUUUGCAAGCAGUGGCUACCAGGAGACAGCAUCACGUUUCGGACGCGGUAUACCUGCAUCGUUUGAACUACUAUGAGAUGUACGACGAAAGCCGCGGAGGUAUUGUCGUCUUACCUUUUGCAUACAAUCUUCCAAUCCACUCUACCACAAUUCCCUACGCUGUGCGAUAUGGUGGCCUGGGAUCAUUACUUCUUACUGGCAUUGUGGAAGACCUGUACGCCAAUGCCAUUCCACAGAUGAGUGUUGCGAGCCAGACAGUUCUAGUUGGGGUGCGAAGUUGUUUCAAGAACCAGACCUCAAGUGAGGGUGUGCUAAGAGCGUACGAAUCUAUAGGACUGCAGCUCUUGACGCAAGCGUAUGAUCACGUGCUACGACAAGAAAGCAAGAGGAAAUUGAAAGAUUUACCAAAAUACGCCGACACUCAGUUGAUGCUGAUUGCAGCAUGUUAUCUUCGAUGCAGAGGCUCGAAGGAUGUUCAGGAGGAAGUAUGCAACGUACCGAUGAAGAAUCUGAAUUACUUCGGACAGACUUUCGGUUGUGCCAAAGGGAGCCCUAUGAAUCCGACUCAGAAAUGUUCCCUCUUAUAACGAUAUCCUGCGGUUUCGAGAAAAAGUAACAACACAAAUGUAAGAUAGCACAUCAAUGGGCACUUAACUUUGAGUGUGAAAUAAUGAGACUGUGUUGGAGGGGGGUGGCAAUAUGAUAAUGUUAUGGAUGCUUUUUCGCUAGGUGUAUCAUGUUCAAAGCCAAUAUACAUACGAAUGCCCAUCUGUGUUUCUUUUCCUUGUGCUGAUUCCCG